AUUAUAUUUUGGUUUUGUGCGGGACCGGGAUGUUGUCAACAAGUGGUGCAACUGCAAGAGCGACAUCGUGUUUAUUUGCUCGCCAAAAUUAUACCAAAAUCUGACAUAGUUUCAAACCGAUUGCUAUUUGCAGGGAUCGUCAUUUGAAGAUAAGACUAGUAGAGAGACGAGAUGAGUAAAUCCAACCACCGACAAGCCAAGACCCUCACGACCGGCCAGCGACGUGAUGCACAGGAACGCAAACGGGACGAGAGAGCCGUCCGCAAUGGUUACCGGAAACAGCAUAAGGAUGCCUCAUACCUUGCAGAUGAUGAGAACUUUGCGGGUUUCGCCACUCAGCUGCAGACCAUAGGCCUGGAGCUGAGAGACAUACCAGGGGAUGGUAACUGUCUCUUCCGUGCCUUGGGCGAUCAAACUGAGGGACAUGGACGGAACCAUUUGAGGCACCGAGCAGACACAGUGCAAUAUAUUCUAGAACACCGGGAUGACUUUGAGCCCUUUGUGGAGGACGAUGUGCCAUUUGACAGACACAUUGAGAAUCUUGCCAAGUCUGGUACCUACGCUGGCAAUGACAGCAUUGUAGCCUUUGCACGUAGGAAUGGCCUUAACGUGGUCAUACACCAGCUGAAUGCACCAGACUGGAGGAUAUGUGGGUCGGACAGACCCGAGGCAAGAGAGCUCCACAUUGCCUACCACAAUGGAGACCAUUACUCCAGUGUACGGAAAUAUGGGGACAAGUCACAAGACCCUACCAAAUUCAAGUCCUCAGACCCAAGAAAAUAUGCAACUGUCGGAGUUAAGGCCAAACACAAAGACAGGAACGACGGCUCUUCCUACGGUGCAUCAGUUGCUGAUGACUUCACAGUGCCGGCCGGGGCUUGGAGCAACAGCAGCAUGGACGACAUGGUGAUACACAUCAUGGAUGCUACUGGUUGUCAGGAUGCUGGUCUGAUCAGCGACACACUCCAGGAUAACCAGUAUGAGGUAGAGGCAACUAUUGACUUCAUCCUACAGAUCCUGCAGGAGGACAUUCAUCCUGAUGAUCAAACCGAUUCCCAGGAUGCUUCCAGAGUGCCUGAGGAUGGCCUCUGGUCAUCGGAAGGCACAGGGUCCCGCAUCUUUGGUGCUCCUGUCGAUGAGGACUCCAAGGAGACGCAGCCUAACAGAACACAGGGCAGAGGGAGAGGUCGGGGUCAACGGCCAGCCGUCAACAGCCGCAUCCUGAAGCAGCAGAAGAGAGCAGAGAAGAAGGAACGACAGAUGGAGAGGCAUAAACAAAAAGUCUUGGGAAUCCAAACGGAGAACCGUGACGAAGACAAAGACGACGCGCAGAGUACCGUGUCCGUUCCCGUUGGGCAAAUGGGAGCGCUUUCGAUAUGAGGGUGUGGUACGAGUAACAGUGUGAACAAUUCUAAGGUCAGUGAUUGCUGAACGAGGUCGGCCAAACCUGCAGGACAUGUUGGAUCGCUAACAUUUGAAGUCCCAAAAGAGAUCGUCGACAGAAACUUUACUUGAAGUAGAGUCAGGACUGUUUAAAUAGAAAACACCUUGUGACACUGAAGUCAUUGAAGUUCAUUAGCCGGUUUCAAGCGAGAGAUACACGAGGUAGCAUUAUUUGGGCCAUGUGUCUAUUCAAACACUGGUAUAGACAAAGGGUGCCUUGUAAGCUGACAUUAGCAGCGUACCGGGAACAAAUCACCAUCCAGUUGAAGAUUUGCAAUAAUGCAGUUGGGAACAAGGACACCCGUUUUAGGGGUUUUGGGGUCUUGUUAAUUGGAUGUUUUCUUUAGUGACAAACAAUGGCUCUUAUCCUCUAGGGGUCCAAAUGAAGAUGUAUUUGUUUGGAAUCACACAUAAACAAACAAAACCGAAUGAUCAUAUCACGGAAUAUAUGCAGAGUCAACCAGGAAGUUGGAAGAGGCCUUUUUGAGACACAUACUUGUUGGCAAACUGUGCAAUUUUUUUUUCCAUUUUCGAAGAGAGGAUUUGUUUUAUGUAGUUGAAAUUCUGUAGCAGUUUUGGAGUGCACUACACGAUACAACGGUCAGUUCACGCCGUCCCAUAUGUUACCCCAAAUGGUGCUGUUGGAUGAGAAAUGGGGAGGGGGAGUAUAAUGAAAUUACAUUUUAAUUUAUUGUUUGCUAGUGUAUGAAAUAUAUUUUGUGAUUACAAUAAAGGAACAUAAAACACACUUCAAAAUGCCACUUUUUAGUCAGUUUAUUGAUAAUGAAAGCCCAUAAUUGAGCUGUCCCAGUACGUACACAGGCAAGAUAUUCCUUAUUGUGCAGGCAUACAGAGUAAUAGAUCCGCUAUAGCAGAUCCAUGUAUACAACCCACUAGAUAACGAACACCAAUAUACAGAAGGAAAUUCCAAACAGUUUUUCUGUCUAUAAGUAUUACAUAAAACAUUGAGGACCAAGAAUUGCUGUAGCUCUCCUAUUUUGUGGACCCUAUUGUGUUCGUUACUGUGAAGUUCUGUUGUCUGGAUUGAAAUGAAUAAAAAUUUCACAAGAUCAGGUUUUCAGACACGGUAAAGUCCCCGACAUUGUUGACAUCUUCAAAUUUGUAAAUGUUUUAGCUUCAAACUUGUGAUUUUAUCAAUGUUACAGCCCCAAUUUGAAAUGCUGGAGCAAUACUGAUCCAUUUGUUGUACUCAAAAUGUUUCAUACAAUUCGGACUGUUUAUGAAUCCGGGCAUCUGAGAACAGCCCUUGCUGUUUUAACAACAGUAAUGCAACCUUGGAUUUCUGUCAAUAUAAAACCAUGUCUUCUUGUGUGUUACUGUAAAGUAAUUACAAAAUUAAGCGUUAUAUUUGUUGUUUCACAAUGUUUCCAUAUUGGCAUUCGGCAAACAAAAUUAGAAGCCAUUUUUUGAGGUGGUACCACGCACACGCUGCAUGUAUUCUUAUUGAAAGACAAGGCACGUGCGCAUUUUGUUGACUCUAUUGGUCGAAGGAGCCCGGAGUGCCUGUGUAUUACCCGAGUACGACUCGCUUCAGCCUGGUGCCACCACAGAAAAUAGCCUCCCACCAGAUUAGUCUAUUGAUUGAAAGGGCAAGAACAUGCUUUUGAAAAAAAAAUGUACAGUAUUUAUGUAAACUAUGAGAAAGAGUAACAUUUGUAAACGAUGAAUAUGAUGCUAACAAAUACUAAAUCUAAAAUACAUAUUGUCUACGUGGAACUGUUUUUAAAUUUGGCAAAUUGGCAAUAAUAAACGGCAUAUCUUAUUAUACAAA